GAACGAAACCGGAAAGUUGAAAUUUUAGGGCAAACAAUUUGGCGAUUUACAGAUUUUUGCGUUUGAAGGAGUAAAGGCGACAAUGGAGGGGGGAGACGAAGGAAUAGAGAGGGUAGAAGACUCGAAGGACUUGCAGCAACAGAGCAAAGCACUCGACAAGCUCACUGACCAUGUCGAAGAUCGUCAGCUCGAUUCGACUCGUGUUCAAGAGGCUAUGGCUUCGAUAGCUGCAUCAAAAGAAGCUGAUUUGAAUGCUAUGAGAUUGAGGGAGAAAGAGUUGGCUGCUGUUAAGAUCAAUUCUGCUGAAGUCGACAUAAUUGCAAACGAACUAGAGUUGGAUAAGAAGGUGGCUGAAAGAACACUACGAGAACACAAGGGAGAUGCAGUUGCUGCAAUUAGACACCUGCUUCACGUGGGCAACCUAUGAAUUCCAUGAUUUUUAAUUGGGUCUCAACCAUGGAUACGAUAAGUUUGACAGCUGAAUUCGAUCUUGCAUAUUAUUUCCAAAAAACAUGGUCCAAUUUGUCAAGAAAUCUUUUACUUGUAAAAGAUCCAACUAGUUUUUGCUCUGUUGUGCCAACAGAAUCUAAUUUUUCUUUGUUGCUGUUC